AUGACCAUUGAGGGCCGGACUAAGUGUCAGACCCUGAGCAUUGAUGGUCAGACUAAGGGUCCGACCCUGAGCAUUGAGGGACGGACUAAGGGUCAAACCCUGAACAUUGAGGGCCGGACUAAGGAUCGGGCCCUGACCAUUGAGGGACGGACUAAGGGUCAGACCCUGAACAUUGAGGGCCGGACUAAGGAUCAGACCCUGAGCAUUGAGGGAUGGACAAGGGGUCAGACCCUGAACAUUGAGGGUCGGACUAAGGGUAAGACCCUGACCAUUGAGGGUCGGAAUGAGGGUCAGACCCUGACCAUUGAAGGUCGGACUAAUGGUCCGACCCUGACCAUUGAGGGACGGACUAAGGGUCAGACCCUAAACAUUGAGGGCCGCACUAAGGGUCAGACCCUGACCAUUAAGGGCCGGACUAAGGGUCAGACCCUGACCAUUAAGGGCCGGACUAAGGGUCAGAAUCUGACCAUUGAGGGACGGACUAAGGGUCAGACCCUAAACAUUGAGGGCCGCACUAAGGGUCAGACCCUGACCAUUAAGGGCCGGACUAAGGGUCAGACCCUGACCAUUAAGGGCCGGACUAAGGGUCAGAAUCUGACCAUUGAGGGACGGACUAAGGGUCAGACCCUGAACAUUGAGAGACGGACUAAGGGUCAGACCCUGAACAUUGAGAGACGGACUAAGGGUCAGACCCUGAACAUUGAGAGACGGACUAAGGGUCAGACUCUGACCAUUGAGGGACGGACUAAGAGUCAGACCCUGACCAUUGAGGGACGGACUAAGGGUCAGAGUCAGACCCUUAGCCGUAGCGUGCCACUUGUCAUUGGACAGUUCCUGGAAGCUGUAGACCAAAACACGGGGAUUGUAGGGUCCACAACAGGAUCCAACUACUACGUCAGGAUCCUGUCUACCAUUGACCGCGAGCUGCUCAAACCUUCCUCGUCAGUCGCGCUUCACAAGCAUAGCAAUGCUCUUGUUGAUGUUCUGCCGCCCGAAGCAGACUCGUCUAUUUCAAUGUUAGCCGCUGAUGAGAAGCCAGAUGUUACUUACACUGACAUUGGUGGCCUAGACAUCCAGAAGCAGGAAAUUCGUGAAGCUGUUGAACUUCCUUUGUCUCAUUUUGAUCUUAUCGAUCCUCCUCGCGGAGUGCUUCUCUUUGGACCUCCAGGCUGUGGCAAGACCAUGUUGGCUAAAGCGGUAGCGCAUCACACGACUGCCGCUUUUAUCAGAGUUGUUGGCUCUGAAUUUGUGCAGAAAUAUUUAGGUGAAGGAUCUCGAAUGGUUUGGGAUGUUUUCCGACUGGCGAGAGAGAACGCUCCUGCCAUCAUCUUCAUUGACGAAAUUGAUGCAAUUGCUACAAAAAGAUUCGAUGCACAAACGGGAGCUGACCGCGAAGUUCAGCGCAUUCUUCUUGAACUUUUAAACCAAAUGGACGGCUUUGACCAAACAACAAACGUGAAGGUCAUCAUGGCCACCAACCGAGCUGAUACUUUGGAUCCUGCUCUGCUGCGACCAGGAAGGCUGGAUCGUAAAAUAGAGUUCCCUGUACCAGACAGACGUCAGAAGCGUCUCGUGUUCAGCACCAUCACAAGUCGCAUGAACCUCAGCGAUGACGUCGAUUUGGAAGACUACGUCGCACGGCCCGACAGAAUCUCCGGCGCUGAUAUCAACGCUAUCUGUCAGGAGGCAGGGAUGCACGCCGUGCGACAGAACAGAUAUAUUGUGCUUGCUAAAGACUUCGAAAAAGCGUACAAGAACAACGUCAAGAAAGAUGAGAGUGAUCACGACUUUUGUAAGUAAACAGUUGCAAUAAUGAGGGGGAAUUUCAUGUUAACGUGACACCUCCACGGACGCGUCUUCUAUUAUUACUGCGUCACGACUGGUCGCGGUUUUGUUCUUUAGAUCGAAGGUGCCGCGAUCCUACAUGAAAGUUGAUGCCUCCUUUAAUUUGUUAAGUAUCCCGUCAUGCAAUUGAAAUAACAGAAUUUGGAGGCUUUGGUUGUUCAUUCCUGAACACAGGAAGACAAACUUAAUCAUUCAAGCUAUAUAUAAGCCCAUAUAUUGCCAUUUUACUCGAUGCUCUAGCCCAUUUGAAAGUAUCCAAAAAAUGCACGCUAUGUUCUGAAAGAAUUUUAUCACCUUGAUUAUCUCAUCCAAUGUUCUGAUUGCGCUUAGAGUAUUUAUGAGAAAAACUCUGAAUGAAA